AUGAAUUUUAACCACUUUUAUGCAUUGGUUUGCCGCUUAAGCAAGCAUCAAUACAAUGUAUUUUAUAGAUCAUUGCAGCUACAUACAAAAAAGAAACGGAGAAUCAUGCGGCGCAUAAAUUAUAGAUGCCAACUCACAACCAAAUGCUCAAAAGCAUUUUUCGCUAUUUCAGCAUACCCCUGUAACGAUAAUCCGACUCAGUAUUACUACUUGAAAUCAAUUUAA